CCUGCGACGUCGGGGCCGUGGCCUCCGCUGUCCGCGCGCCACUCGCUGGGUCCCUGCGCCCAGGGCGCACGGUGGAGACGGACGCGGCGGCGCCAUGGAGCCGGUGCCCUCUGCCCGUACCGAGCUGCAGUCCCCGCUCCUCGUCAACGCCUCGGACGCCUUCCCCAGCGCGAGCUCCAACGCGUCGGGGCCGCCGGGCGCCCGGAGCGCCUCAUCCCUCGCCCUAGCCAUCGCCAUCACCGCGCUCUACUCCGCUGUGUGCGCCGUGGGGCUGCUGGGCAACGUGCUCGUCAUGUUUGGCAUCGUCCGGUAUACUAAGUUGAAGACUGCCACCAACAUCUACAUCUUCAACCUGGCCUUGGCUGAUGCGCUGGCCACCAGCACGCUGCCCUUCCAGAGUGCCAAGUACCUGAUGGAAACGUGGCCGUUUGGAGAGCUGCUGUGCAAGGCUGUGCUGUCCAUUGACUACUACAACAUGUUCACCAGCAUCUUCACGCUCACUAUGAUGAGUGUGGACCGCUACAUUGCCGUCUGCCACCCUGUCAAGGCCUUGGACUUCCGGACGCCUGCCAAGGCCAAGCUGAUCAACAUAUGCAUCUGGGUCCUGGCGUCAGGUGUUGGGGUCCCCAUCAUGGUCAUGGCAGUGACCCGACCUCGGGAUGGAGCAGUGGUAUGCAUGCUCCAGUUCCCCAGCCCCAGCUGGUACUGGGACACGGUGACCAAGAUCUGCGUCUUCCUCUUCGCCUUCGUGGUGCCGAUCCUCAUCAUCACGGUGUGCUACGGCCUCAUGCUGCUGCGCCUGCGCAGUGUGCGCCUUCUGUCCGGCUCCAAGGAGAAGGACCGCAGCCUGCGGCGCAUCACCCGUAUGGUGCUGGUGGUGGUGGGCGCCUUCGUAGUGUGCUGGGCGCCCAUCCACAUCUUCGUCAUCGUCUGGACGCUGGUGGACAUCAAUCGGCACGAUCCACUCGUGGUGGCCGCGCUGCACCUGUGCAUUGCGCUGGGCUACGCCAACAGCAGCCUCAACCCCGUGCUCUACGCCUUCCUGGACGAGAACUUCAAGCGCUGCUUCCGCCAGCUUUGUCGCGGGCCCUGCGGUGGCGGCCGUCAGGAACCCGGCAGCCUCCGCCGUGCCCGCCAGGCCACUGCGCGUGAGCGCGUCACCGCCUGCACCCCCUCCGACGGCCCUGGCGGUGGUGCUGCCGCCUGACCUACUCGGCCCUACCCCUAAGCACCCCACCCAAGUGAAGGGACCUGGUGCCAGGCCACACUGAGGCCCCUGGGAGGCCCGAGGCCACCGUCUGGGCAGCUGGAAUGGGGCCUGCGCAGAGGGGUGGCCUCCGGUAGGGGCGGGGCAGGAGGGAUCCAAGGCUCUGGGUUGGAGGGGUAGGGGCAGAGCUGGCGACUCCAGAGAGUGAGAAACAUUGGAGGCUCGAAAUUGGAUCCAUUAAUUAGUAAAGGCCUCUCCCAUGGGGCAAAGCUUCAAGCCUGGGGGCAGCCUCGGGCUCUGGCCUUUUGAACACCCAGUUCCAGUCUAAGAUCUGAGGAUUCCAGCUUUAGAAACCAGGAGGGGCAGUGAUGGGGUCGAUGACCUGAUGAUGGCUGUGAGAUUCUGAGCCUUUGUGUUAUGGGGAGGAGCCUCUUCUUAGGGGAGGUGAGAGGACCGACCAGGUAGCCAGGAAGGGUACUUAAGGGUUUGGUCAGGAGAUAACUCCCCCUCCUCGGGGCGAGGCGGCGGGGGUGGGGGUGGGGAGUGGAGGGGGUGGCCUCAGUUUGGAGAAGAGUACAGGCUCUCACUACGCUCUAACUAACUGGCUAAACUUGCUGAUGCUAGGUCCAAUUUAACUUCUCUAUAGAGAGACUGUAAGCUGGGCCUGAUGGGGUAGCCUUGUGUCAUCCCAGUCAUACUGGAGGCAGAGGCUGGAGUUAUAGACAAGCCUGGGCAACUUAGUGUCUAAAAAUAAGAAGUAAAGAGGGCUGGGGGUGUAGCUCAGUGGCAGGGUGUUUAUGUGAGCCUCUGGGACCAGUGAAACAAAACAACCCUCCAAACCACAGCAAAACCAAACAAAAAAUAAACCGUGUUGGUGACUCUGAA